AUGUAUGCGGUGAAUCCAUGGGGUAAAGUUCUUCUUAUUGGAAGCAGUGUAGGAACUUAUGCGAUGGGGAUUGGCAUGCGCUGGCGCGAGUCCAACGUUCAGGUCAUCGAGAAACGUGUGGACCCAAGGUAUGAGCUUGCCCUUCGGAGACGCUGCGUUUGCACCGGCCAAACGGCGAGGCUGCUGACGGACUUGGGCUGCACCAAGGCCAGGAUUGAGAGUGUUUUUCAAAGAGCCAAAGGAUGGCGAUUCCUGAGGCCCAGCCUCGAAAUUAUCAAAGAGAGUACGGUUUUUCCAGGCUGUGCGGAUGGGGAGGCGGUGUACCAUUGCGAAGAGGGCUCGCUUCUUCGCAUGUUGCGGACCGAAUUUUUGCGUUUUGGGGGAGGCGUAAGUUGGGGAACGGAGGCCUUUGAUGCGUUUGAGAGUGGCGAUGGGAGUGGGGCGUGGUGCCUACGGAAGACGUACGGUCUAGAAACGGAAGCCGAGGCCAUUAUCACAAUGGCAAAAGUGUCAUCGUUCGCGUCUGUGUUGAUGGUGGACAACCCGGACCGCAUGGCGGUUCUGUUUUACGAGGAGCACGGCGUUUUUUGCCCCAACAAGGAGCUCAUUGAAAAGGUAUUUGGGCGGAAUGAUGUUGCAAUUGUGAUGGGACUAGGAAUGGUGAUUCACUUGUGGUACACGAAUAAUGUCAUUGCGUGGAGAGCCAUCCGGAGGGAGCAAAAAGGUAGCUCGGGUUUCUGCAUCAAUGAACUGCACCCAGUCAUUCGAAAUGUGCUUGAGAAUAGUGUUGAAAAACAUUCUCGUGUGCGUCUUCUUCCGACAACCAUGCCCGCAAUCAAGGAUUCGGUGUUGCACGUGAAAUUGAGUGUAUUGGGCGAUGGGCUUUUACCUGUCGAUCCCUUUGAGUGGAGAGGAGAUCGAGCGCGGUGUCUCGUUGAGGAAGCUUCAGCCCUCUGUCGAGCAUUUUACGGGAAAAAGUAUCAUCGUGGAAGUGUCGCCUAUCUUCUUCGAGGCAUCGAGCAAGACUCAUUAUCGAAACGGGCUUCUAUGCUGCGUCGGGAUUUGGCGGACGCGGAGCGCUUUUUGGCUGUCCACCCGGUCAUUGAGGAGGAACCGCAUGCGGUUUCCAUGCAACAGGUUGGUUCAUAG